AUGGUCCACGCUCUCGAGCCCGCCAUCGUCAUGCCCUCCUCGACGGUGGCCCGCCCCCGCAAGGGCACUUUUCAGGAAAUCCCCGUCUCCUCCACCUCUCACCCCGAUAAUCCUAUUCCCGAAGAGCCUCGAGGCGUUCGUUCCCUGUCAAUCACCGAUUUCAAUUUCAAUGGCUCGCCUGCUUCCUCCCAAGAGACUGAAUCCAACAGCGACGAUUCCCCUGCCACCCCUAUCACUCCUCCCGACCUGCAGACCCUAUCAAUCUCCGAGGAUAAUGCUGGGAAACCCACCGGUCGCGCUCGUCGUGCCUCGACCAUCCUGAUUUCCCAGAACUCGGAUGACAUGCGUCGGGUGUUGGAGAAUGUUGGCACAGGUGGUACUCAGAAAAUUGAAUCCAUGUGCUGUGGUGGGGGUUGUUGCCGGGGUCGCCCCCUCCAACCUCUGGACGGUCCAAUCUCUGGCUUCAAUUCCAUCACCGCACCAGAUAACGACGCUUUUGAGAGCCUUGGUCUCAAUGUCGAUCUCCUCACCUUGGAUAGCUACCUCUCCAACCUUGCCCCGCUCCCGGAAAAAACCGUCUCCUUCUCCCCCGCCCCCGCCCACGCCGCCGAUAUCCAGUUGGGCCCCGAAGAUCACCCCCCCACGCUUCAGAAGCGCACUUACCACUUCGAUAUCGAUGUCACCGACUACCCCGCCGAGAGCGGCAUGGUUGAUUUCGUCGUAGGUGGUGCUAUCGGCGUUUGCCCGAAGAACAAGGAUGAGGAGGUGGAGGAUAUUCUCAAUCUGCUUGGCGUUCCCAAGUCCAUGCGUGACAAGAAGGUCCUCAUGCGGACCACCAAGGGCCGCUGGCCCACCAUCUGGGGUGACGAUAAACCCCGCGAGCUGAUCACCUCUCGCCGCGAGGUCCUUAGCUGGUGCUCUGAUAUUCAGAGCUACGCCCCGACCAAGGCGCUCUUCCGCACCCUAGCUGAAUACACUUAUGAGGAGAACGAGAGAAAGAUUCUUGAAUACCUCUCCUCGGCCCAAGGUCAAGCUCCCACAUCAGCCUGUCUCAGCUUCUCCACGCCUUCCCCUCCUCUCAACCCCCCUCUCGACCACAUUCUCUCCGUCCUGAACACUUUGAUGCCCCGCUUUUACUCCUUGUCCCAGGAUCCCAUGAUCUCCUGCCAAUUCAAGGGCACCGAAUGCCGCCGUCUCGUGGAAGUAGCAGUCACUGUCGCCGAUUCUGACGACUGGCGUAACGGUACUCGCACCGGCGUUGGAUCUGGAUACCUCGAGAGUCUUGCACGUAAGGCCAUUGCUGCCGAGGCUCGGGGCGAAAAAAUCGAUAUCCACAUCCCCAUGUUCCGCGGCCUCAUGGCCAAUCCGCUUGCCACGCGCUUCGCCUCUGACGGACCCAUGCUCCUCAUCGGCGCUGGUGUCGGCAUUGCGCCCUUCCGCGGUUUCGUUCAGCGACGUCUGCAGUCAGCCAACUGUGCCAACAAAGUUUGGGUUCUCCAGGGUGUCCGUGACUCUCUUCUCGACGAGCUCUACAGUGGUGAAUGGGGUGUGCAUGAGGACAAGGUUCGCACUGUCGUUCAGAGCCGUCGUGGCGAGAGCCGCUACGUUCAGGAGGAAGUUCGUCACCAAGCUGACCUUGUCUGGUACGUCAUCAAUGCGCUUGAUGGCCGUGUCUUUGUUUGCGGUAGCGGCAAGGGUAUGGGUGAAGGCGUCGAGGCUGCUCUCAUCGAAGUUGCCAUGGCUAAGGGCAAUCUCAACUCCGAGGAGGCUACUCUCUUCUGGCAGCGGAAGAAGGAGGCUGGCCAGUACAUUGCUGAAACCUGGUAA